AUGGGUGCCUACAAGUAUAUCGGCGAGCUGUACAAAAAGAAGCAGUCGGACGUCCUCCGAUUCCUUCUCCGUGUGCGAUGCUGGGAAUACCGCCAGCUGAACGUGAUCCACCGGGCCUCACGUCCUUCUCGCCCCGACAAGGCGCGCCGCUUGGGCUACAAGGCUAAGCAGGGCUAUGUCAUCUACCGUGUGCGUGUCAGGAGGGGUAACCGCAAGAAACACGUCCCCAAAGGCGCUACAUACGGCAAGCCCGUCCGCCAGGGUGUCAACCACCUCAAGCCGCAACGUGGCCUGAGAAGUGUUGCGGAGGAACGUGUCGGCAGACGAUGCGGAAACUUGCGGGUGCUCAACUCGUACUGGAUAAACCAGGAUGGUGUGUACAAAUACUACGAGGUCAUCCUUGUCGAUCCCAACCACAAAGCUAUUCGACGGGAUCCUCGCAUCAACUGGAUUACGAAGCCGGUGCACAAGCGCCGUGAGGCUCGUGGUCUUACCAGUGUUGGCAAGCAGAACCGCGGUUUGGGCAAGGGUCACCGCUACAACCACACUCCGGGCUGGUCGACCUGGAAGAAACACAACACGCUCAGCCUUCGUCGCUACCGGUGA